UCACACUCCACCCGCAUCGAUCGCCCUCGCGAAUCACCCCCACUCCGCGACCUGUGACCCUGCUCCUGUCGGGCCGGCCGGUGAGCUGUAGCGGCGAGACCAACCAACCGACGACCAACCAUGGCGGCGGCGCCCGUGCGCGCGUGGUUGCUGGCGGCGCUGGCGCUGGCGCUGGCGUGCGCGCUGCUGUCCGCCGACGCCGCGGGCGCGCCCGCCGCGCAGACGACGCCGCCGGCGGCGCAGGCGGUGUCGUCGGGCGCCGCGAAGCCCAAGUGCGAGCCCGGCGCCGUGAACGACAAGGCGUGCCGCGUCGGCGCCGUGCACGACCCGGAGAACCAGGAGGAGGAGGGCUUCAGCGUCACCGCCAAGGCGCCCGCCGGCGCGCCCGACACCGACAGCGACGACGACUACAACGACCCCGACGUGCCCAACGACGACCAGCUCGUCGUCGUCGGCCACUGAUGGAUCGAUGCAUGCGAGAGCGCAUGAAGCGGAUGAUGAUGGGUUGGCCAAUGGAACCCCGGUGUUAGCUCGUGAUCUUGACGGGUCGAGAAACUGAUUGGGCUUGAAUGUUGUUUGGAUCUUGUUUCAUUGAUUGUUCUUGUUAACUAGUGUACGGUAAAUUGCUUGACGCUAUUAAUCACCAUGUGUCCUGUG